GACUUUCUAGAAAAGCUUCUCAGUUGGCAAUAGAGGAUAGUGAUAUUGAAUUAAAGGAUUUUUUGAAUAGAUAUAUUAAAAAGAGAACAAAAAAUUGUAAAGAGCAAGAAUUUAAUAGGAGAUUAAGAGUAAUUGAUAAUGUAAUAAAUAAGAAUAAUAUAUUACAAAAGAUCAUUUAG